AUGUCUUUUCCCUCAAUGAGUAAAAAGACACGAUCGUAUUCUCUGCAAUCUCGUCAGUAUAUAGAUAGAGUAAUACUUGCCCAGCGAUCACAGCAGUUUAUUGCACUCAUGUGGCUUCUCGCAGAGUCUAUGCGGCAUGCGUGGAGAUUACAUUUGCGGUUAGCUCAACUGUAUGUCUAUUAUGUGCCUAGUUAUCUACAGGCAAUGAAUAUACAUAGUGAUAAUAGUAAUAAUAGUAAUAGUAAUAUAGAGGAAGUAUUAUCUAUUACAAAGAAUAAAUAUUAUGCCUAUUUCUGUUCUGGGAAUUUUGAUUAUGAGUAUUAUGUAUAUCAGUUUAAUGAAAAGUGGGAUGCACUCUUUGCUGCUGUACAUCAUUAUAUGGAUGCGGAUAAUAUCAAUACCCAAACAACAACAACAACAACUACUACUACUACUAACAGUAGUCAAACGACGAUGUCAAUGAAUACAAACAACAACAACAACAACGACAACAACAACGGAAAGAACAGGAAAGAGAGGCGCAGCGGCGGCGGAAAGAACUGCAGCGAGAUGAAGAGAUGCUUGUAG